AUGCCUUCGUAUAACAUUGUCGUCUUCGCCGGUGACCACUGCGGUCUGAGUUGCACACAGGUUACAGCUGAGGCCAUCAAGAUCCUCAAGGUCAUCGAGAAGGAGUCCAAGGAUAUCACCUUCAACUUCAACGAGCAACCGCUAGGUGGUGCUCUCAGCGCCGCAAAGUCUGCCGACGCCGUCCUUCUCGGUGCCAUCGGUGGUCCCGUACGUCCAAGACCAAACCUUCCUCGCCAGCUAUACCGUCUGACAAGAAAACAUAGNAAAUGGGGAACUGGAGCAGUCCGUCCCGAGCAGGGUCUUCUCAAGCUGCGCAAGGAGAUGGGCACAUUCGGCAACCUCAGACCCUGCUUCUUCGCCUCGGACUCGCUCAUCGAGGGCUCACCGCUCAAGGCUGAGGUCUGCCGUGGUGUCAACUUCAACAUUGUUCGCGAAUUGACCGGUGGUAUCUACUUUGGCGACCGCACCGAGGACGAUGGUUCAGGUUACGCCAUGGACACUGAGCCCUACUCGCGCCCCGAGAUUGAGCGCAUCACCCGCCUCGCCGCCAACCUCGCCCUCGCCGAGAANCCCCCAGCUCCCGUCUGGAGUCUGGACAAGGCCAACGUGCUCGCCACCAGCAGACUGUGGAGAAAGGUCGUCACCGAGGUCAUGGAGAAGGAGUUCCCGCAAUUGCAGAUUGGUCACCAGCUCAUCGACAGCGCUGCCAUGAUCAUGGUCAAGAACCCUCGUGCUCUCAACGGUGUCAUUGUCACCAGCAACUUGUUCGGCGACAUCAUCUCCGACGAGGCUUCCGUCAUUCCCGGCAGCUUGGGUUUAUUGCCCAGCGCUUCGCUCAGCGGUGUCCCCGACGGCAAGAGCAAGUGCAAUGGUAUCUACGAGCCCAUCCACGGUAUGUUUUCUCGAAGCUCCCUUCUCGCACACUCCCACUCAUUCUAUUUACANGGUUCCGCACCCGACAUCUCCGGCCAGGGCAUCGUCAACCCCGUCGCCAUGCUCCUCUCCGUCGGCAUGAUGCUCAAGUACUCUCUCCAAGAGCCCGAACUCGCCAAGUCUGUCGACGAGGCCGUCAAGAUUGUCAUCGAGCAAGGCAUCAAGACCGGCGACAUUGGCGGCAAGGCAAAGACUGCAGAAGUCGGUGACGCCGUUGCCAGCGAAUUGGCCAAGAUUCUCAAGAAGUAA